AUGAAACCGGGUUAUCAUAUAGUAGACCCGACUCGUCCAACACAGGGAUAUAGCACUCCUCAAUGGGGUCUUGUAAAGCCAUUUGUAUUAGAAUCUGUAUUACCAUAUCGUGCGGCGGGUAUUGUCGGUAACUCAGAGUCUUCGCGUCUGGAAUUUUUAUGCUCAAAAGAAUAUCUCAAAGCUUAUGAAGAAGUGAAAUCGUUUGGAUCAAGAUUCAGUACGAAACGAACUGCUGAGGAGACACUAAUAGCUCAGUUUUGGGGUUAUGAUGGUGGGCCAAAAGUUGGACCUUUUCCACGUGCCUGCAAUCAAGUGGUCCAAGUGAUUGCUAUUAAGAAGAAGAAUACAUUGGUAAAAAAUGCACACUUAUUUGCAUUGGUCAACUGUGCAUUAGCAGAUGCGCGUAUCAGUAUAUUCGACACGAAAUAUUACUAUGCUUUCUGGCGUCCUAUUGUCGCUAUUCGUAACGGAGGACCGUGCACUCCGCCAGAUCCCCAAUGGUUACCAUUGGGAGCACCUGCAGAUGGUAAUGGUGAUAAUUUUACUCCAGGCCAUCCUUCGUAUUCAUCAGGCCAUAUAUCAUCAUCGUCGGCUACUUUUGAAAUUCUUCGUCGCUUCUAUGAAAACGACAAGGUAUCAUUUGCAUUUCAAUCAGACGAAUACAAUGGAAAAACAAAUGAUUCAAUUACAGGAACAGUACGACCGGCAAUAACACGGCAAUAUACAUCGUUUACACAGGCAGAAACGGAGGUCUACCAUGCUAGAAUCUGGCUGGGCAUCCAUUGGCGAUUCGACGAAAGUCAUUCACAACUUGCAGGUCAUCAAAUCGCAUCCUACAUUUUCAAAAAAUUAUGUUAA